AUGAUGGUGAUUUGCGAUGUCGAUCAACACCCAGAAACACACAAGGAAGCGGAAUUCAUUUCACAAUUUAUACCGACUAUCAUAAAGUACGAAUUCUCGCGAGAAGAAGGUCCAAGGAAAACCAUGGCUGAAGUGGCGUACAAGAAUGAGAAAAACGAUUAUACGUUUUGCCUGGACGCGGUUUCCAGGAUGAAUGCCUCGUAUACCAUAAUAUUACAGGACGAUGCGCUGGUGCGAUGGGAUUUCUUUGACAUCCUCGAUCACAUAUUGAAAACACGGAUAGAGAAUACAUACGAGAAAGGCGAAUUAGUAAAGAAUGAGCGCUUGGACGAGGUUGCUGCUGUAAAACUAUUCAUGCCAGAGAAGUGGCAGGGCUAUUCUUGGAGCCAAAAAACAGUGCUCACCCUCUUCGCUAUAGGCUGUACAUGGGGUCCACCUCUAGCAGCUAUUUAUAUCUAUCUCAUUAAUCAACAUGUUAACACAUCGUAUCUUGCACGUUUAUUGGUGUUUUUACUCUCAGUCUUCUACGUCAUGUUACUACCUGUACUGAUUGGACAACACUAUGUGCUCGAGUUGCGUCGUAUAUCGGUACAGCUUUACAACAUGUACCACGCACCUGGAUGUUGCAUCCCGGGUACUCUAUACAACACUAAAAAUGUAGGGAAGAUUGUGAGUUACCUGCAAUCUGUGGAAGGUACAAGAGAAUAUCCAGUGGAUAUUGCUAUUUCUGACUACAUCAGGAAGUCCGACAUGAUACAUUAUUUAAUCAUACCCAACGUAGUCUAUCAUAUUGGAAUGUUUUCAACUUUACACAGAGAACCCAAAGACCCGGAACAUUUUCAAGAUGUAUGA